AUGUCGACUCCAACUCUUGCCGAGAAGCUGGACAAGAUCCGCUCUCCGGGUCUUCAGAGCCAGAAGAGGACGGCGGUAGUCCUCGAGGCGGUCGACACAACGUUGAAGGAGCAGAACGCCCAACCCACCCCGACCGGCUACUUCGCCGCGCUUCUUGGCCUCCUCACCCAGGCUGUCGAGAGCGGCAACGUUAGCUCCGACACAACGACCUCAGUUGUUUAUCUUCUCGACAUCGUCACUCCGUUUGCGCCUCAACCUCUCCUCCGCGCCAAGUUCACCCAAAUUCUCACGUCGCUCGCCCCCGUGCUUCUCCAGCAAGAUGCCGAAGCACUCCUUUUGCGGUCGUCUAUUGGCUGUCUCGAGUCCCUACUCCUCGCACAAGACUCGGGCGCCUGGGAACUCGGCGUGACCCAGAUCGGUCCCCGCAGAGCCGUCGCCGGUCUCCUGAACCUCUCCCUCGAGCACCGCCCGAAGAUCCGAAAGAGGGCGCAAGAAGCGCUGCGAAAUGUCCUCAGGAACCCUCCUCCGAGUCCCUCGCUCGACCAUCCCGCUGCCGACAUGUGCGCCCAUACCGCUCUCGCCAACCUCGAGGAUAUCGCCGGAAAGGCUGCGCAGGCGAGAAAGCAGAAGGGAGCCGAGUCUGCACACGAUCCAGCUCUGAUUCAUGCCCUUCAGCUGAUCAAGACCAUUGCAUCUGCUAGUGGAGGCUGGCCUAGCAAGAAGAUUGAGUCUUUGUGUGAGUUGCUGCUCGGAAUUUCGAGAUCAGGCAACGAGUACAUGACGAUGGCCACCUUUGAGAUUUUUGAAAUGAUUUUUGAGGGUAUGGCCGACGAGGUCGCUUCUGCCAAGCUCCCACGACUUAUGGAAAUCAUUUCCGAGCUGCGGCCCGCCGCGAACGACACACAGCUGAUCCCCCCAUGGCUGGCAAUUCUCUCAAGAGGAUACGACGUUUCCGCACAAAUCGAGCCCGAGGACGUUUUCCAGAACCUGCCUGAGAUCUUUUCCAUGGUCGCUCAGUACCUGGAGUCGCCCGCACACAACAUCCGAAUUUCCGCCUCUGAAUGUUUGGUUUCUUUCAUGGCGAACUGCAUUCCUAAGCAGGUUAUUCUUGAGCCGUCCAUCUACGACGAGAAGACACUGGACAAGAUCGCCAAGAUUGCCGAAUCUUUGCUCAGCGUCAAGUACCAGCAGGCCUGGAUGGAGAGUUUCAACGUUUUUGGAGCCAUGUUCGAUUCCCUGAGGUGGCGAGCAUACCCGAUGAUGCUCAACAUCACCAAGGCCGUCGGAGAGCUCCGUGGUAGUGACUCGUUCCAGGGCAAGAAGGAGGCUGACGAAGUCAUUGGAAAGGCCAUCCGCGCCAUGGGUCCCGAGGCUGUUCUCUCCAUACUGCCUCUGAACAUCGCUAAGCCCGCCAAGGGUCAGCAGGGUCGCGCGUGGAUGUUCCCCAUCCUCCGCGACUACCUUAGCAACACCAACCUUGCUCAUUUCCGCCAAGAGAUGGUGCCCCUCAGUGAACUCAUGUUCCAACGGGUGCUGGACCACGGCAAGGCGGAGAAGACUAUGGAAGUCAAGAUCUUUGAGACUCUUGUGCAGCAAAUUUGGGCAACCCUGCCUGGCUACUGCGAUCUCCCGCUUGAUGUAACAGAGGCGUUUGACCAGUCCUUCGCUGAGCUUCUCGCAAACAUUCUGUACAAGCAAGUCGAGUUGCGUCUUGAGGUUUGCCGAGCGCUCAAGAUCCUCAUCGAGUCCAAUCAGGCCAUUGCUACCAUUGAGGAUGACAGCGAGGAGGACCUGGUGCUCCAAAGCCGUGUCUCCAGAGCUACUGCGAAGAAGAACCUGGAGCACCUGGGCAGCUUCGCUGGCAAUAUGCUUGCUGUUCUGUUCAACGUUUACACCCAGACUCUGCCUCAAUCAAGAGGUCCCAUCCUCCUCACUAUCAACGCCUUCCUCAGCGUCACCCCCGAAAAGGAGCUUAUCGACACCUUCGACCGGGUUAGCAAGAUGCUUGCAGCGGAACUGCAGCAGACUGCCGACCAGGAGAAGCCCAAGCAACAGCAAAAGCAGGGUGCGAUGCCCUCAACAAGCAACACCCUGAUGGAUCUAAUCAUCACCAUUGCCGUUUACCUGCCCCGCGAGAGCUACACGGCCCUGUUCGAGAUCGCUACUGUCAUCAUCUUCAAAGAGAAUGAGCCGCAGCUGCAAAAGAAGGCUUACAAGUUGGUCCCUCGUCUUGCCGAGUCCGAAACCGGCAAACUGGCACUCGAAGCACGCAGCGACGAGCUGCAGCAAAUGUUCCUGACGAGUGCUGAGAAGGUGUCGGCUCCUGCUCGUAGAGAGCGUCUGGGCGCCCUGUCUGCCCUCCUCCCUUAUAUCCCCGACACCUCUCUCCACUUCGUCCCGUCCAUCCUUAGCGAGGUCGUCAUUUGCUGCAAGGAGAACAACGAGCGCGCCAGAGAGGCUGCUUACGAUCUUCUUGUUCAGAUUGGUCACCGCAUGGAGGCUGCGAACGGCGCUCCCAUUGACAACACCAAGGUCCCUCACAUGCCUGCGGACGCGCCCGCCGGCAAGGCCAACCUGGAGGAGUUCCUCACCAUGGUCAGCGCUGGUCUUGUUGGUAGCACCCCCCACAUGAUCUCUGCGUCCAUCACCGCCCUCAGCCGUGUGCUUUACGAGUUCAGAAGGUCCCUGAGCACACAGACUCUUGCCGACCUUGUCCAAACCAUGGAUCUCUUCCUGACCUCCAACAACCGCGAGAUCGUCAAGAGUGUCUUGGGUUUCGUCAAGAUCUGCGUCGUCAGUCUUCCCUCGGAACUCGUGAUCCCUCGCCUGUCGUCUCUUGUUCCCAACCUCAUCAUCUGGAGCCACGAGCACAAGGGCCACUUCAAGAGCAAGGUCAGGCAUAUCCUGGAGCGCAUGGUACGCAAGUUCGGUUUCGACCUCAUCAACCAGAACUGUCCUGAAAGCGACAGGAAGCUCAUCGUCAACAUCCGCAAGACCAAGGAGCGCAGUAAGAAGAAGAAGGACGCCGCCAAGCAGGCUGGCGAGGAGAGUGACGAAGAGGAUGGCCGCCAGGGACGCAAGUUCGACAACGAGCUGGACCAGGCUCUCUACAGCAGCGACUCGGAAGGCUCCGACGACGAGUCCGACGACGAGGGCGCGGCCGCAGGCCCCAAGGGCAAGCGCGCCAACCGGAAGGGCGGUAACACGUAUAUCGUCGAAGACGAGGAUGAGCCGCUUGAUCUGCUCGACCGCAACGCCCUGGCCAACAUCUCGUCCACCAAGCCCGUCAAGAUGCGCAAGCCCACCAAGACCAAGGCCCGCACCGAUCUUGACGGCAAGCUGAUCCUCGGCAAGGACGACGAGGCGAUGGAGGUCGACGGCGCCGAGAACGACGGCUCCGGCGUCAACGCUUACGUCGCCGCGCUCAAGGGCAAGGACGUCGCCAAGAGGGGUCUCCGCGGCAAGCUCAAGUUCAGCAACAAGCGUGGACAGGACGAUGAAGAAAUGGAGGACUUGGACGAUGGCGAAGCUGCGGUCGUCAAGGCUCAGGUUGACAAGAGCCGGGGCGGCGGCAGGCCUUUCCGCGGCGGACGUGGUGGUCAGGACCGUGGUGGUCGCGGUGGCGAUCGUGGCGGCCGUGGCGGUCGUGGCGGACGCGGCGGCAAGGGUGGUAUUGCCGCCGGCCGCAAGGGCCUCGGCGAGGACCGAAGACGGGGAGGACCCACGUCGAGCGGAGGUGUCAACAAGGGUCGGAGGGGUGGUGGACGUAGAUGA